CGGGAGGAGGAGGAAGGGAAAAUGCUUAGCUGACAACCUUUAUGUGCAGUUGUGCAUUAGGAGGAGGAGAAGGGGGAGACGAGAGGGCGGCUGGCUGUGUUGGGCAGAGGAGAGAGGAGCAAAUGCAUUGCAGACGGAAAGGAGGAGGAGGGCCUACAGCUAUUGUUCAUGUCCUCCCGUGAACAAAGGGCUCAUCGGGGUCCGUAUGUAAACCCACAGCAGGCUUCAGCCCACUAACAAGGCCUCAUGCGGGACAAAACAUAAACCAUCGACUCCCGCAAUUUAGGCCUUAUCCCGCUGCAGUCUUGCGGUUUGAGGAGCUUUUUAGUGUUGCUCCUGUUGGGAAGGACGCGUUGUGUGUACGUCGCGUCCAGCGGGCCUAUCCGUUUUUACGCACGGAGCGUACACACGGUCUCACCACGGAUCUGUAAACAGCUGUUUCUGGUCGGACUUCUCUGCAGGCUGUUCCUCCAAAUCAUUCAAGCUGUACUCUCCCAAGGAGCCCCCCAACGGUAGCACUUUCCCCCCUUUCCACCCCGGCACCAUGCUGGACAGAGACGUGGGCCCUACUCCGAUGUACCCGCCCUCGUACCUGGACCAAGGAAUAGGGAGGCACACGCCGUAUGGCAACCAGACGGACUACAGAAUAUUUGAGCUCAACAAACGGCUACAGAGCUGGACAGAGGAGUGUGACAACAUUUGGUGGGAUGCGUUUACUACGGAGUUCUUUGAAGACGAUGCCAUGUUGACCAUUACUUUCUGUCUGGAAGACGGACCCAAACGUUACACAAUUGGCCGAACGCUAAUUCCGAGAUACUUCCGGAGUAUAUUUGAAGGCGGUGCCACUGAGCUCUACUACGUGCUGAAACACCCCAAGGAGUCCUUCCACAAUAAUUUUGUCUCCCUCGAUUGUGAUCAGUGCACCAUGGUGACCCAGAACGGAAAGCCCAUGUUCACACAGGUGUGUGUAGAAGGACGCUUGUACUUGGAGUUCAUGUUUGAUGACAUGAUGCGGAUAAAGACAUGGCACUUCAGCAUCAGACAACACCGUGAACUCAUCCCACGCAGCAUACUGGCCAUGCAUGCCCAAGACCCACAGAUGCUGGACCAGCUUUCCAAAAACAUAACAAGAUGUGGCCUGUCGAACUCCACCCUCAACUACCUCCGACUGUGUGUUAUUCUGGAGCCCAUGCAGGAGCUCAUGUCCAGGCACAAGACAUACAGCCUCAGCCCCAGAGACUGCCUCAAGACCUGCCUCUUCCAGAAGUGGCAACGGAUGGUGGCACCGCCUGCUGAGCCAUCGAGACAGGCCCCUAACAAGCGCCGGAAGCGUAAGCCAUCAGGUGGCAGCACCAUCAGCGGAGGGGGAGGGGCCAGUAAUAACAGCAACAACAAAAAGAAGAGUCCUGGUAGUGGCUUCCCGCUAUCCAGCCAAGUUCCAGAUGUGAUGGUGGUGGGAGAGCCCACUCUAAUGGGCGGGGAGUUUGGUGAUGAGGACGAACGUCUGAUCACACGGCUGGAGAACACGCAGUUCGACGCGGCCAAUGGAAUCGACGACGAGGACAGCUUCAACAACUCUCCAGCGCUGGGCUCCAACUCGCCCUGGAACAACAAGGCCCCCUCCAGCCAAGAGAGCAAGAGCGAUAACCCCACCUCCCAGGCAUCGCAGUAGAGCCCAGAGCCCCACAACGUCUACACAACCCCGUCUCAGCCCCACCACCCCACCCUACCUCUGGAGCCAUGACUGCAGCCCAGUCAGUCUGACCUUUGACCCAAACACUGCUGUAGCGCUCAAAUCCACCCACAGCUAGCUCCAGUCUGCCCCCCACGGAGCCAGAGACAUUUUUAUUUCAGCGCUGAUCCUUUCUACUUGUAGGCCCUGGCUCCCAGCGCUGCUUAGUUUCCUUUUAGCCGUUAUGGAAAACGUCCCAUCUGCUGUUGCUGAGUUUUCUUCUUUCAUUCUCUCAGACGGCGAUUGGGUUGACUAAUAAGUAGCAGGAAUUUAUUCCACGAAAGAUUUCAGUACACCAACCUGUCGGAACCGAAGGGUGCCGACGUGGAACGGAUGGGGUGGAGGGGAUGCUGGAGGCGGGGCUUCGCGAGGGCGGCGAGCUGCUUAGGGACUACUCACCCACUCGUUAAACAAACACGGCCCUGGAUUGUGGUCUGAUCUGCUGAGGCACAAGUGUGUGUGUGUGUGUGCGUGUGUGUGUGAGAGAGAGAGAGAGUUUGUGGCUUUGCUGAAGCAGAUGGAUCAGAAUUAAACGACCGUCAUUAAAACAAUUGAAAUGAACAUACUAGUGGUCAGGUGGCACUGGGGUAAUGACACACACACACACACACGUUCGAAGGAUUUUGAGUACCCUGGUGCCUGAACCAUCUAAUUAGACAAUUGUGAAUGCAGUUUUUAAAAUGGGAAGCAUUUACAACACACACAUACACACACACACACACACACACACACACACACACACACUUUCAGAGUUUUUAUACAGUAUAUAUAUUUCCCUAGAAUGUUUUUUUAUUUGUAUUAAAACAGCUUCAUUUCAAUAGUUUUUUUAUUUUCUACCAAUACUAAAAAGCUACAGACCAAGGAGCAACGCAGGACUUUUACACCCCCCCACCCCCCCAAUAUAUUGUCCUUUUCUGUUUAUAAAAGAGGAAUAAUUUAGUGUGGAUGUUUUUGUUUUGUUUGUUUUAUUUGGAGAGUUUUUGUGUAUUUGUGCUUGUAUAUUUAAGGUAGUAGCAAAGUUCUGUCUGACUGUAAUAAGAUGUAUUCUUACUUAGAUUUACCUGAAGCCAUCCCGAUCUAAUGUAAAGAAACAAUUAGGAGAAAAAACACCUGUGGCCCCGCCCCCUUUCCCCGCCCACCUGCUGUCUUUCCUUCUUCCUCCUUUUUUAAAACUUGUGUAAAUGAAAUUUCAAAUCCCGGGGGUACAACGGCACCAUGAAGAGAUGAUUUUUUUAAUUUAUUCUGGACGUUUCAGGAACUCUGUUGCAGAAAUUGAGUUGAGCUUUCAUCACACUUCUCUAUUUGGAUGUCACGUGAAUGUGAUCAAUGAACCUGUUAACCCAACAACCUUCAUGUUUCAUCGCUGGCUUUUUUAAACCUAGUUUAAGGUCAAAAGUCGUCUUUAAUUGUAUAAUCUUGUUCAUAACCAUCACACCAGCUUCACGUUAGGCUCCGUCUGCAUAUUUGGUUUCCGUGUCGAUUCUGUAAAGUUGAAUAGAAACCUGCUGAGGUUCUGUUGUUUGUACAUUUCUAUCUUUAUGUUGGAGCUGAUUCUGGCAACACUGAUGAUUACGUUUAAUUGGUGACUUGUACCUUCUCCAAACCCUGUAGAGAAAUCAUGGUUUGAUAUAUAUUUUUUUGAUUUGGUUAGUUUCUGCCCUUAAUAAUUAAUGUAUGGUACCAAUAAAAAGAUACAUUUUCACUUUAAAA